AGAUGAGAUGUACUUGAUGAAAGGAAGCUCCUACGAGAAGGUUUGACUUUUGAGCGUUGAACAAUGGCAGGUCAAAUCAUUUUGCCUGUGCUGCUUUUGGGAAUGAUAAGUGGGGCGUCUCUUCAAGCAACAGGACCCCUCUACCCAAUCGGUGGGACAACAAGCGCUCGAUCGGACGAUGGAAGUUCUCCUCGAAUUGCUCUAAGUCGACCCUUUGUUUAUUUCGGACAGUCCCACAAUCAGAUUUACGUGAACCACAAUGGAGAUCUGACAUUUAACGCGCCAUGGUCUCGAUACACACCUGAAAGGAUUCCAAUGCAUGGAACCAGAGACAUCAUUGCUCCAUUCUGGACUGAUAUAGACAACAGACGCAAUGGUCAGAUCAACUACAUGCAAUACACCAGUGGCACUGUUCUCCAGCAAGCUACACGAGACAUUAAUACGUACUUUCCAAGACUGAGCUUCACUGCUGAAUGGGUCUUUGUAGCGACAUGGUAUCAGGUGGCCUAUUAUCCAUUUAGUAGAACACAAUCAACAUUCCAGGCAGUCUUGAUCUCUGGUGGCCAAUACUCAUUUGUGCUGAUGAACUAUGGGACAAUCGCCCCACCAACUAGAAGAGUGGAGGUUGGAUACGACACAGUCAACUCUGUUCACCAUUUCUCCAUCACUGGAACAUACUUACCUCAUGUAUCUAGCAUCCUCUCAGUCGAUAUCUCAGCGCUCACCCUGAGCAACGUCAACGUACCUCGACGCUUUGCUUUCCGGGUGGACCAUGGGUCAAGAGGCUGCACUUUCAAUGGUACAACCGUGCAGCUCGGUGAUUCAUUCUGGAGCGACAGUGCCUGUAAUCAGAAGUGCACCUGCACCUCAGCAGGCCUGCAGUGUCACAACCAGCCCUGCUCCUUCUCACAAAUCUGCCGGAGAACUUCCUUUCAGUUCGCCUGCCAGACGGUGCAGAGACGCACCUGCACCAUAAGCGGUGAUCCACAUUACUACACCUUCGAUGGCACAGUCUUUCACUUUCAGGGCACCUGCACCUAUGUUCUUUCAGAACAAUGUCAUGGUGGGUUGCCCUACUACAGAGUGGAGGGCAAGAACGAACACCGGGGCAGCACUCGUGUUUCCUGGACACGACUGGUUAGAGUGCAUGUCUACAAUGAAACCAUUGAGAUUGUCAAAGGACGCCGUGGUGAGGCUAAGGUUAAUGGAAGCUUUGCAGCAACUCCGUUCUCCCUCAGCAAUGGCAACAUCCAGGUUUACGAGUCAGGGUUUUCUGUGAUCGUCACCACUAACUUUGGCUUGGAGGUAUCUUAUGAUGCUAAUCAUCUUGUCCGGGUCAAGGUGCCCUACACCUACCAGAAUGCAACAUGUGGACUGUGUGGGAACUUCAACAAUCACCCUGGAGAUGACUUUCGAACACGCCAAGGCCAGGUUGUGAGCUCUGAUGUGGUUUUUGCCAAUAGCUGGCAAGUGCCCGGGGAUGAUGAGCCUGGAUGUGCAGCGCGAUGUGGAGGGCUGAACUGUGCUUCCUGCACUAACGCUCAAACAGCAUUGUACAGCAAUGCUGCCCACUGUGGUAUCCUCCAGAGCACGUCUGGACCUUUUGCCGCUUGCCAGCAACGAUUUCCCCCACAGAGAUAUGUGGACAGUUGUGUGUACGAUCUGUGUGUAGGAGGAGGGUACCAGCCCAUUCUGUGUCAAGCCCUAAAUGUGUAUGCAAGUCAGUGUCAGCAAAAUGGUAUCCAGCUGCAAAGCUGGAGAAGACCUGGCUUCUGUGAAAUCCCCUGCCCAGCAAACAGCCACUUUGAGUCCCAAGGCACAGGAUGUCCAUCUACCUGUGUCAAUCCCAACUCCACCAACAACUGCCCUCUCCCUGCCCAGGAGAGCUGCAUCUGCAAUUCAGGCUUUGUCCUCAGCGGAGGGGUCUGUGUCCCCCAGUCUGACUGUGGCUGCAGCUUUGAGGGUCGCUACUACCGCUCUGGAGAAACCGUAAUACUAGACGACAACUGUGGAAGACGCUGUAGCUGUAGGUCUGGCUCCAUGACUUGUCGCUCCCACAGUUGUGGCCCACUUGAGUCGUGUGGUGUGGAGGAUGGCGAAAGAGGAUGCAGACCCAACAGCCACGCAACAUGCUGGCUAAGGGGCUCAGGGUCAUAUCAUACCUUUGAUGGACUGAUAUACCAGUACCCUGGGGCGUGUCGCUUGACCCUUUCCAAAGUAAUAGGAUCGUCUUCUCAAUCGCACUUUGAGGUGACAGCAGAAAAAGUGCCACGACGCCAACAGGGUUUUUCCAACGUGCUAAAGAUCGAGGCAGAGGGAACACAAGUCUCCAUUGAGAUGUCACAGAGCAGCAGAGUUCAGGUUGACGGUCAGCUGAUCAGACUACCUUUCAGCUCUGCAUCCAACCGAAUCCACAUCUACCACAGCAGCAUUCACAGCAUCAUCCUUCGGACCUCCUCUGGUGUAACUGUGCAGACAGUGUGGCCCCGCUUUGUUCGGCUCACUGUACCCAGUAGCUACAAUGGUUCACUGGCUGGACUCUGUGGUAACAACAAUGGUCACCCACACGACGACUUCCGCACACCCAAUGGUACACUGGUCAGCAGUUCUCAGGCCUUUGGGGACAGCUGGCGAAGUGGCUCCCUCUCUGCGCAGUGCGUGGAAAGCAUCAAUCACAAUACUACAACCAACUACAGUUCCACUGAGUACUGCGGCAUUCUUACCUCACCACAUGGGCCCUUUGCACCGUGUAAUGCCACGGUGGAUCCACAGCAGCAGGUGGAUGCCUGUGUGAACAUACUCAGGAGCUCUAGAGAUCCAGCAUCAGCACUGUGUGAGGUCCUACGAGAUUAUGUACUCAUGUGUCAAGAAAGGGGCGUUACCUUAGGGCAGUGGAGGAACGCAACUGCCUGUGCACAAACCUGCCCUUCAAACAGCCAUUAUGAGCUCUGCGGAAGCUCUUGUCCGUCUGCCUGCCCCAGCCUCUCCUUCCCCUUCACCUGUGACACUCAGUGCCAGGAUGGGUGCCAGUGUAAUGAUGGCUUUGUCCUCAAUGGCAACCAAUGUGUGCCACCAACGUCCUGUGGAUGCUAUCACAAUGGACGCUAUCGCGAAGGUGGCGAGCAGUUCUUGGAUGGUCAACAAUGUCAGCGCUUGUGCAGCUGUAAUAGCAUUACUGGGCUGGUUCACUGUGUCAACAACUCCUGUGGUCCCCAGCAGUCCUGCCGGGUGGUGGCUGGCGAGUUGGGCUGCCACUCCAUCCCUCGUGGCACCUGCUCUGCCUCUGGAGACCCUCAUUAUCUCACCUUUGAUCGCAAAGCCUAUGACUUCCAGGGAACCUGUCGCUAUGUUCUGGCCAAUCUUUGCAACUCCACUCAUGGCCUCCACCAGUUUUCUGUGGAAGCUAAGAAUGAGGCGUGGAAUGGGUUGCAGGUUUCAAUCACAGCUGAGGUUUUUGUCAACGUGUGGGGCUAUCAAGUGCACAUGUCCAGACACAGGAGGGGUAUUGUAGAGGUAAAUGGAAUAACAAGAAAUUUACCAGUUCACUUGAAUGGCAGCCUUGUAUCUAUCUAUGCAAGUGGAUCUCGAACAUUUGUCACUGUGGAUUUUGGCCUGAGUGUCUCGUACGACGGAUGGAGUACAGUGUCGGUCUCUCUGCCUUCGAAUUACAGUGGACAAACAUGUGGACUUUGCGGAAACUUCAACGGUAACCCAAAUGAUGAGUUCCACGCUCCAAAUGGAACAACAGUCACCACUCCACAUGAGUUUGGGGCGUCAUGGAAGGUUGCAGGGAACUACACCUGCAGUGAUGGCUGCGGCUCCUCUUGCCCUCGAUGUCCCAACGAGCAGCCAGCCAGAGCUCAGUGUGAGGUGAUUCGGGCAGCCGACGGCCCCUUCAGCUUCUGCCACGAGCAGGUGGACCCGGCACCGUAUUUCACCGACUGCGUGUUUGAUGUCUGCGUGUCCGGAAAUCGAAACCAAGAUCUUCUGUGCAGGGCCAUUCAGUCAUAUGUCAGCGCCUGUCAGUCUGCUGAUGUUCAGAUCUACCCUUGGAGACAGGACACCCCCUGCCGACUCAACUGUGCAGCCAACAGUCACUAUGAGCUGUGUGGUACAGACUGUGGUCACACCUGUGCCAGCAGCACUAAUGCCACCUGUGAGCAGAGCUGUUCAGAGGGAUGUUUCUGCGAUGAAGGUUUCGUCAGGAGUGGUACGAGGUGUGUCCCUGUGCAAAACUGUGGCUGCCAACAUGAUGGUUUCUACUAUGACGCUGGUGAGUCCUUCUGGACAAACGGUUGCUCCCAGAGAUGUGAAUGUCGUGCUCCCAAUGACCUGCAAUGUUCUCCUACGUCUUGCACUCCCACACAACAGUGCACCAUCAGAAAUGGCCAGCUGGGCUGUAAUGAUGCACUGUCUACUUGCACGGUGUGGGGAGAUCCACACUACAUCACCUUUGAUGGAGCACUGGCUCAUUUCCAGGGCACAUGCUCUUACAUCAUUACACAGAGUGACACACUUGAUGCCAACGAAACCCAGUUUUAUGUGGCAGCCACCAAUAACCACCGUGGCAACAACCGUGUGUCGUUUGUAUCUGCCGUGGAUAUAUACCUCAGGCAUCAAGCAGAGGACUCGCAUGUCAGGAUUGGACCCAACAAAAGAGUGACGGUAAAUGGAAAUGCGGUGUCUCUUCCCACCACUGUUGGGACCUUAGCUCAGGUGGUCAGACAGGGAAGCUACAUGGUCGUCAAUGCUUCUGACUUGAUUGUCCAGUUUGAUGGCCGGAGUACUUUACUGGUCAGAAUUGGCCAACGCCAUAGAAACAGAGUCACCGGGAUGUGCGGGAACUUUAACAGCAACUCUACAGAUGACAAGGUCUUGCCCAAUGGCACACUGGCGCAAAAUGACAAUGAAUUUGGACACAGCUGGAAGUCAUCAACAAGCCAAGCAGGAUGUGGAUCCACUGAUGACACAAGGGGCGGUGGAUUGAACGACUGUACCUUUGUGACAGAAUACUCCGAACUCUGUAGUGUCAUCACCAACACCAGCGGUCCAUUCAGCGCCUGCCACCUGCACUCUGACCCUCAGCCAUUCUUUGCCUCCUGUGUCUACGAUCUCUGCCUCUACACUCCAGCCAAUGGCAUGCUAUGUUCUGCUGUCGAAGCCUACGAGAGAACCUGCUCUGUUGUGGGCUUGAACAUCACUGACUGGCGCUCUGGUUUGCACUGUGCUGAGUCAGACCCAUGUGAACAGCUGGACUGCACAGAGUAUGAGUGGUGUGGUGAGAAGGACGGUGUUUACGGCUGCUUCUGCGAUGAACGCCAUCACCGACGAAACAACGAGAGCUACGACUCGUUCAUCACUUGUGCCAAUAGUUCAGGCACCAUGUCUGUGUCUCGCUGCCAGCUGUUUGAAGCUGGUUUCCACUCCAACGCCCUUCAUCUCCGAGAUGAUUCCUGCAACUCGACCCUGCGGGACGGACGCCUGGUGUUCCACUUCGACAAUGAUGACCAUCUGUGUGGGACGGUUCUCAGGAGCAAUGGAACCCAUUUCAUGUAUGAGAACGCCAUCCAGGGCGAUGUGGAUACUCACGGAGGUGUAAUCAGCCGCCAGAGGAACAUUGAUCUGCGUUUCUGCUGUGAAUAUCCUCUAAAUCAGGCCUUGUCUAUGGCUGUGGGCAUCAACCCUGUGGAGAGCCUUGUGAGGAAGAAGCUUCCAUCUGGUCGUGGAGAGUAUCACACAAGAAUGAUCCUCUACCAGGACGCUGGCUUCCGCUUCCCCUUCACCAGUACCCGAAGCAUAGAUGUAGAAGUAGAUGAGAAGCUGUAUGUGGAGGUGCGGACGGAAGGAGUUGACCAAACCCAGAUCUCCACCAUUCUGGAGUCUUGCUGGGCCACGCCAGUCAACAUCGCAAGCUACCCUGUCCGCUGGGAUCUCAUCACUGAAGAGUGUCCUAAUACAGCAGAUGGCACAGUGGAAAUGCUGCAGAACGGCGUCUCCACUGUGGCCCGAUUCUCCUUCCGAAUGUUCGCCUUCACCAACUAUUCUUCCCUUUACAUGCACUGUCAGACCCACCUGUGCUUCCUGAGGAACAACAACUGCACAGCUCACUGCUACCCGGGUUACCACAGGCGAGCUCGCAGGGAUGUGUCCUACCGCGGCACCGUGGACAUCUCACUUGGACCUAUAGUUCUGAGCAGUGGUUCAGGCCAGUUGACAUCACUGGUGGUGACCCUGCUGGUCAGUUUGCUGACUGCUAAAACUCUGUUCUAAGUAGAUCAGAGAUGAUUUACAUUUUAAAUCAGGUUGGGAAAUUGGGAUUCUUAUUGAGAGGCCCUUAUUUCCUUAAGGCCCAUCUUGUUUUUGUGAUCUUGGGAAAAGUAGAAAUAAUUUUGCUUUCCAACAAUAGGGGGCACCAGCGUGCAGCAUAUUAAGGUUAAAAUCAGUUUGCUGUAUUUACUGUAUAUAUUAUAUUUACCAGUUAUAUCCGUGGUAGCUUUGUGGUGAUUCUCAUCUUUAAAUCUGUCAUAUUAAAGGGAAUCAUGUAUAAUGAAGGUUAAAAGAAAGCACAACAAUAAUCAGAUUGUGGCUUUAUAUCUGCAUGACACCAAAGUCAAAUGUGAAUUACUGUAUAUUGUUAUUAUGUGAUUAAUGUGAACAUGAGGUACAUCAGCGAACGUGUUUGCCAGCUUCCUCUCAGGCAUUUUGAGUCAUUCUAACAUCCCAACAUUUAGAAAACAGCUACAUUAACUGCCAAAUAGUGUUAAAGUCCAGUUAGAAAUUCUUGGAGGAUCAAACAGUGAAUUGAACGCACCUUAUUCCUCUCACUCUGUCACACAAAACACAGCCAGCAUGAACAUCAACCCAUAAGUAACCAGUUGAUUAUAGAGAAAGAGACAGAAAUGGUCACAACAAAUUACUUACUGGUCUAAAAUACUCAACCAUGACUGCUUUCUUUCAUUAAGAUAAAAAAACCAAAAAAACAAAACAUAAAUAACCACCUAAAAUCUGAUAAUUAGUCAAAUCUAAUACAUUAAUUUCUAUAUUUGGUAUCAUCUCUGGGUGUUACAGACAUGUUUUUGGAAAGCUCUCUCUUGUCAGUGACAUAUAUGUAUAGCUGCGCUUCUCUAAUAUUUUUCAUCAAUAAUAUUGCCAAGACAAUGCAAAAAUAUGAAUCUAAGGAAUUGUCACUGUCACAAUGAUCGCUAUACUGUGACUGAAGUAAGACUAGCUGAGUGUGUGUGUGUGUGUGUGUGUGUAUUGCUCCAGAAAACUAAAGGACAUCUGGCCAAAUUCACAUCCCACUGCCGCUGUGGCCAGAAUUCAACCUUUAACCUGCGUCUUGUUAGAUACAACAAUUAAUUAAAUUUGAUUUGACUUACUGAAAUCAUCUUGCGACCCCCUUUCUUGGUGUUUCGUGACCCCCAGCGGGGCCACGACCUCCACUUUGAGAACCACUGCAGUCUACAACUUGUAACGAAAACUUCUCAAAUUAUUAACAUUUUGUUUCGUCUACGAGGAGACGUAGGUGGAUGCUGUGAUGCUCUUAUUUUAUCUCCAAAUUCACAGUAGAUUGUGGUUGUUCUCUUACAUAUGAAAGAAUAAAAACCAAGCACUGCUUCAGGCCAGCCGACAUCCAUCCGAGUCAGUUUGCUGACAGCCAAAACUCUGUUUUAGAGACAUCAAACACUGGCAAGCAUAGAGUAAACAGAAGAGUAUAUACAGAUUACACAACUACAUAUGAAUCAGUCAGCAGGAGCUUAAUGAAAGAGCGUAGAUAUAAGAACAGUUUGUUAUUUUUCUCUGCUAUCAACCACUUAAGGAAGAAAGAGGUGCUUUUCUUUAAAUAUACAGAUGGGAACAAUGAUAGUGCAGGCUGCAAUAAGUUGUUUCAAAGUCAUUUGUUGAAUUUGCUCCACAUUUGAUGCCUCGUCUCAAGACGUGGUAGUUUUUCUUUACAACAUUAGAGGGCAGCGUAAGAUCAAAUACAUGUCCUGUUAGACUCACUGUUCACCUGUAGGUACCUGGUAUAGUGGUCAUCAGUUGUAUCCUCUGGUAAGUAUGUGAUUUUUACUAUCACUAAAUCUAUAUGUCGUUAGUGAUAAUCAUAAAAACUGAAUAUGGAAAUGAUAAAUGAAGUAAUAUAUGUGUGAAAUAUGAGUAGUGUCAUAUGUAUGUCAUGUAUUUUUAGCCAAACAAGUCGUCUGGGCUUUACGUUAUUUAAAUACUUGGGUUAUGAAGGACAUUUUCUUUUUUAAAAAAUAAAAAUACUAUCUACUUAA